AUGCCUAUGUCUAAUAGUGAUAUUUCUAGCUUAUGCAACACUUUACCCGAAUUUUCUACUGGAGAUAAUCUCUCCACAUUUAUUAAAUCGGUUGAUAAUUUAAUUGUAUUUUUGGGUACCCAAGAAAUUACCCAACCACAAGAGUUUGUUCUAAAUGCUAAUAUCGUUUCUCGUAUCAAGGGUGAACCUAGAGAUUUUUUAAACUAUUCUAACAAAACUAUUUGGACUGAAAUUCGGCCCGCUUUACUCGCCAAAUAUGGCGAUAGACGUUCUGAAGAAAUUUUAGUAAACCAACUGUCUACCACUGUACAAAAAUCUAACGAAAAUUAUGACCAGUAUCACCAAAGAGUUUCCAAUAACUUAAAUGAUCUUCUACAGCAUAUCUCUCUUAAUGACAAUGCUGCCACAGUUACGUUCAAAACCCCUUAUUUUAAGAAUAUUGCCCUUAAAACCUUUUGUACCGGCAUAAACGACCCCUAUUGCGAAUAUUUGUCGCAUUUUAAAAUUGACUCUCUAGAAGCUGCCCUCCAAAAAUGCAUUGCAUACGAUAACCACAAAAGUCAACAACAAUACAUGAAUUUCUUGAAAGGUCAACAAAAUAAACGACCGAAUACAUUUAGACAAAAACCAAAUAAUUCUAAUCAAAACAAUUCAGAUAGAUUUAAUAAUAGAAAUAAUAAUCCGAACAAUUUUCAAAAUAACUUUAUGUAUCCCCCUGGUAAUAUGCAACAGCCCACGUUUAAUUUUUCGCCACAACCUAAUUUUAACCAACAACAACCUAACUAUAAUUUUCCCGAAAGAAAUUUUCCACAGGCUAAUCAAGCCAGCUUUCCUAGAAAUUAUUCUCAGCCCAAUAAUUUCGGCAAUAAUCCUAGAAACGAUUCUCAGCCCAAUACUUUCGGCAAUAAUCCGAAUUUCAGAAAACCUAACCCAAAAAAUCUUUAUAAUAGACGAAAUGUCCCAAAUCGAAAUUAUACUUCUCCUAUGAGUGGUGUACAAACAAUCUCAUCCAAUCAACCCAUGACUGUUUCUACAAGAACUCAUAAUUUCAACAUAGAUGCUAAUUCUGACGAAAAUCCCGAAAAUUUCACACAAGACAUCGAAUCAGAUAGCCAAGAACAUUCUCAGGAUUUUCAGUACGACCUUUUCAACAACGACCCACCUCUUCUAUAA